UUUUAUCGCUCAGAGCCUCGAUGUGCGCAGCGAGGAGGAACAUGUCCGCCGUGCAGCUGCUGCGGGUGACGGUACAUGAGCGGAUCAGCGCUGCCGCUGAAGACUUCCUGCUGCAGGUGGAUGGAGAACGGAGGAGGAAAGGUUCAAGUCCCGGCGCUGAGAGCGAUGCUCACCGAGCGGCUAAUGGCGGCGGAGGAGGAGAUCCUCGCGGGGCUUGAGGAAACCUUGGCAGAGUACGAAGACAGAGUAGAGAGGACAGAGCGAGAGAUCUGCCGCCAGAGGAGGCUGCUCGAUGCCGUGAUGAAGCCCGAAGUCCGGCUGCACAGAGCAGUGUGUCCUGCAGACCACCAGCAACUGAUGGUGAAUAAAGAACAGGUGCCCCCUGAGCAGCAGCAGUGGAGCCCUCUUGUGGACCAGGAGGACCCAGAGCCCCCCCAAAUUAAAGAGGAACCGGAGGAACAGGAGGAACCGUGGACCAAUCAGGAUGGACAGCAGCUUCAAGGACUGGAGGAGGCUGAUAUCAAGUUCACAUUGACUCCUGUCGCUGUGAAGAGUGAAGAAGAUGAAGAGAAAUUUAAAUCGUCAAAGCUUCAACCGAGUGAGACGAAGGAGAACAGAGCGGACUGUGGAGGACCAGAACUAGCCAGGACCUCAGGUCCUGAUGGAUAUUUACAACAAGGUACUGAGGACAAGACUGAAGACUCUUCUGAGACUGAAGACUCUUCUGAGACUGAAGACUAUUCUGAGACUGAAGACAGUGAGGAUUGGAUGGACACCAGGGAACCUCAGACUGGUUUAAAUACAAUAAAUAACAAACAGGCUUUAAGUGAUAUGGGAUGUAAGACAGAAACAAAUUUGUUUAGUUGCUCUGAGUGUGGUAAGAGAUUUAACCAACAGGGCCGUCUAAAAAUACAUAUGAAGAUUCAUACAGGAGAGAAACCGUUUAGUUGCUCUGAGUGUGGUAGAAGAUAUACCCAAAGGCGCUAUCUAAAUAUACAUAUGAGGAGUCAUACAGGAGAGAAACCGUUUAGUUGCUCUGAGUGUGGUAAAAGAUUUAGCCAAAGGGGCGGUCUAAAUAGACAUAUGAAGAUUCAUACAGGAGAGAAACCGUUUAGUUGCUCUAAGUGUGGUAAAAGAUUUAGCCAAAGUGGCGGUCUAAAUAGACAUAUGAAGAUUCAUACAGGAGAGAAACCGUUUAGUUGCUCUAAGUGUGGUAAAAGAUUUAACCUAAAGGGCAAUCUAAAAACACAUAUUAUGAGUCAUACAGGAGAGAAACUGUUUAGUUGCUCUGAAUGUGGUAAAAGAUUUAGCCAAAGGAGCGAUCUAAAUAGACAUAUGAAGAUUCAUACAGGAGAGAAACCAUUUAGUUGCUCUGAGUGUCGUAAAAUAUUUACCCGAAGGAGCAUUCUAAAUAAACAUAUGUGGAUUCAUACAGGAGAGAAACAGUUUAGUUGAUCUAAAGUGUGUUAAAGAUUUAAGAUUCAGUCCUAUUGUACCAGACAUGUGAGGAUUCAUAAAGGAGAGAAGUGAUUCAGUUGCAACCUUUGCAACAAAAGAUUUAUUCAGAUUUAUCAGAAGAUAUUCAUAUUAUACAUAUUCAUAGUUCACUGUUUUAAAUAGAAUAUUAACAGUUUGUAUGUCCCUAGAAAAUGUAACUCAGUUGCAACAUUUGCAACAAAAGAUUUAUUCAGAUUUAUCAGAAGAUAUUCAUAUUAUACAUAUUCAUAGUUCACUGUUUUAAAUAGAAUAUUAACAGUUUUUAUUUCCCUAGAAAAUGUAACUCAUUGAAUAACACAAAAGAUUUGUGUUUAUAUAUCGUGUUUCUACUGAUUUCUACAUAAUCAUUUUAAGGUUAAUUUGUGUUCCUUUGUGCACAGUAUGAAAGUGUGUUCUUAACUAGUUCAUAUGAUUAAAUAUGUUUGUUUUAAAAUGAUGGUUUCUUGUUUCGUGAGAUUCAAUGACAGUGUGUGUUCUCCUUUAUGUAUCAAAUGUCUUUCCAAGAACAAAAGUCUAGUAAAAGAUAACGGCGUCGUCGCCAUCCUCCUCUUUGUUUUUGUACGAACGGAGGCUGCACUGGCUACAGUUGAAUUUUCUCAGCACGAGACAAAUUAAUCAGCUUCUCAUAGUCAGACAUGUUUGUUCGGAACUGGGCAAUAUGUCAGAAUAUCUGACAUACGAGUCGUCUGGAACGCAGCAUUACACUCACACACGGACAGUGAAGCAGCGAUGACGGAGGAGCCCUCGUUUACGUUGAAUGACGAUAAAUGUCAAACAGCAGGAUUGUUAAAUUCAGAGUCAGCUGUGAAGUCCCCAAACUAUAAAAUUUAAGAUAAUUAUUUUUAUAUGCUUGUGUUUGUACUGGGAUGAUUUGGUUCUGUCGGUCAAUCUGUGUGAUACUUGACUCAUAAAACAACAUAGAUCAUAGGGCAGUGAUUCAAAACAAACAUAUUUAAUCUAAUGAGCAUUUAGCAGGCAAGGAUCGACAUCAUGUGACGGACGCAGGAAGUGAAGCGUUUAUCCUUGCGGCAGUGCCCAAAACGCAUGCCACUCUUCAAAGUGCAUGUGCUCGGGCCCGUUCAGUGCUGCUUUGCAGUCCCAGAAAUUCUAUAAAUUGUUUUUAAUGUUUAAUUGUUUUUGUUUUCAUCUCAAUUUGAAGUUGAUCUGAUGUAAGCCCUGGUACCAGUACCUCAAAGUAAAAAUGUGGAAUUUGGCCAAAAUGGCCACUAAAUGCAAAAUGGCUGGCUUCCUGUUAUGUUUUUCUUAAUGCCCCUCAAGGCUUAUUUUUUUUUCGGGUCAUGAUAGAUCGGUCAAUGUGAACGCGUUCCAGGAGACUCGUUGUAUUUUACUUUUUGUUCACAAAAGUUUGAAAUAAGUAUUAACUUGGUGCUGUCUAGUGUGUUUUGGUAGGCACAGCUUCAAGAAGAGUAAAGCUCAGCACAGUGGUCCUUUUCCAGUGCCUUUGUUGAUGAAACAAUUUGUUCCCUUAAUUUGUUGUGGCAACUCUAGGAGAAUGAUAAUAAUGAUGAAAUAUCUUAUUUUCAAGUUUCAUGUGUUUUUUUAAUUUGCACGUCUUUUUUUAGAUUUACACAUGUUCUACUUUCAUGUGUUUUCAUAAUUUGCAGUGCAGUGAUCUCUCUUCGCCACCGUAGAAACCUUUUCAAAAUACAUCAGAUAUAUUUAACCUAACACUGAAACUUAUUUUAACUUUAUCUACUCAGCCCAUGUGGCAUUAAAGUCUUUUUUUUAAUAAUAUAGGCGAAAUGUACAGUUGCAAUCAGAAAUAUUCAACCCCCCAAAGAUUUUAAGGAUUUAUCAAUUAAAGUUGACAGAAUCUUGCUCUUUGAGCAAGAUUCUGUUCUUUGAGCAAGAUUCUGCUCUUUGAGAAAGAUUCUGCUUCGGAUGACUUCUUUAUGAGUUGAGUGAUUCAGAAAAUGAGUUGAGUGAUUCAGAAAAUUAACACGGAAAAUGCAUGAUGUAGUAUUUGUGUGUAGCAGUAUAUUUUGUUAAGAUAGCCAUGUCACAAUUAUUCAAACCCUAUAUAAUAUUGUUGUUUUUAAAGCUGUCUGACAGUUUUUUUGUCCUAAAGUUGAGUUGAAACAUUAUUAAGCCUUUGGGAACUCUAUACUGAUCCUUCAUUUGCUUCAGCUGUGAUGCAUAUAUAAACCCCACCCAUGAAGGUAUUCAAGGUGAGUUGGAAUCAUGGGAAAGACAAAGGAGCUUCCACAAAAGCUG